AUUGUUUUCCCCAAAUUAAGGCGUGUUCACAUACCGAUCUUACGGAUAGAUAGCAUAUAUUUCACCAGAGCAGUAUAAUCAUUUGUUUCCUCAAUAUGGAUUAUUCGGGCGAUUCAACCUUAGGCAAGAGAUCAAGCCAACAAAGCGUUGAUACUGCUCCCCUAAACGUUGAAACCCUCUACAAAAUAGAUGCUGCUAUGGCUAUAGCACAAGCCGAGCUUGGAAACACUAUCAUCUCCUGUCGAAAAGUUCUAGAUGAAAGGGAAACAGCCGAUAUGACAGAUAGCCAAAAAGAGGUACUCAAUGAGACUGUGAAGCUGAUUGACUCGGCGCCCGCCGUCGUCUCACCCGGAAGGCUCUCAGAACUUGAUAGUGAAUUGCCCUCUCAAGACAAUCGCCUCCUCUCGGCCAAAUCUACUAAGGAUUUAUUACACAAAAGUCAAAGGUAUCUCAGUUUGAAGCAGGAAUUAUCCGGUCUACGUACCUGGUGGGCUACAGCAAUAGUAAAAUAUAAAAAGGAACUCAACAAAUGUUCUCAGGCAUCUAAAGAAAUCGACCAAAGAUUGAAAGAAAUUGAUGUGCUAGAAAAGGCAGCUGGUCGCAUAAGGACAGACGCUGAGAGAACCGCAGAAGCUGAAGCGAGAGUGUUGAUCCGUCGCGUCGAUAGAAUGAAAAGAGACUUGUUCAAUGUUCUGGAAAACUUCACCGCAACUAGAAAAUAUAUGAGUUCAGUACAGACGCAAUUUAAAGCGAUUCGGGAUACCAUGAGGGAGAUUGAAGGUCGAGUUCAGGAUCCUUCACCAUAUGAUCCGAGCAAACGUCCAAUAGAUUUCAAUUAUGACUAUCAUCUUCCCGAAAAGAGGGCUGUAGAUACGCAAUGGUGGAUUUCUAAAGGCUUCUCCUGGUGGGCUAAUCUAGCAUAUAGUCAUUUGAUUCAUACUUCUACGAAUCUGGAAGACGCGAUUCACAAAUGCAAAUCUAGACAAGCUAACCACACGAAUGAGAUUACCAAGUUAUUAAAGCAGCGCCAAGAGCUCUCGGAAAUAAGAGACGAAGAAAUGGAAUUUGUCGAAGGCUUUGAUUCGCAUAAACGGGUUUUUGACGACGUCAGACUUAGAAACCAAUAUUUUCAUUCCAAAAGAGAAAUCGCUACUGCAGAAGAUCAGCUAGCAGAAAUAAGAGGUCGUCUUUCCGCCUACGACUUGAAUCUUGCAAAAGCAAAUUUCAAUGAAUUUAUACAGAAAUUGAUGCUCUCCACACAUACAGCCGUCAGAAAUAUUCUCGGACAUGCUCUCGCGGACCUCCAAAUACAAACUGGUAUCUACAAUGAACUUUCACUGGAGUAUGUUCAUGCGGUUGUAUGUCUCGCUAGAAAAAGUAUGCGAGCAGCUGUAGACAUCAUGACCGACAUCGACUCUGACGUAUUCACGGCAGAAAAUCUCGAUUAUCUCGAAGGCGUAUCCCAUAAACAAGGAGAUGAUAAAAAGGAUCGGGAAAAUAGACGAGAUAUUCGGAAAUUGCACGGGGCGGGUAUAGCGUUUAGGACUAUCCGACAGAGAAAUGAUGCUUUGGAAGAUGCACUUAAUGCUUCUUUGAGCGAGCAUGAGAAGAUCCUGUGGUUGGCUAAAACCACAAAUGGUUUGCGGACUGAGAGGCGCCCUGUUCCGGAAAAACAUCGCCCUCGCCAAAAUAAAGGGAGUGUGAGGAAGAGAAAACCGACAAAGAGUAUACUUCACCCGGAAGCAGGAAUCCGGACGAAAGAUUUCAGCCCGAGAUAUACAUCCUCUGUAUCUUCACAUGAUCGUAGGAAAAAUCGUCUUUCAGUAGAGAUAUCCCAGAUGCUGGCGGAUUUUUUUCGCAGCCCGGAUAUUUCUCAUCAUUUUCGUUCAGAUGGCUGGGUAUUCGAUCUAAGCGAUCUUUUCCGUCUUGCCGAACUUGCUCUUAAAGAUCCUCCUACCGAGGAUGAAUUUGUACAUUUUUUGGAAUAUUGCAACGAUAUUGAAGAAUUAUUUGAGACGAGUUUUCGCACGCAGAAAAUACGGAAGAGGAAGGUGGGAUGGGAACUUCUUGAUGAGGCACAGAGAGGUGGCCCGGAGAGAGCUGAAUCCGUGUGGAAUUUCCCGAGUGGUUUUCAUGAUGCUACAGAUUUUUUGGUGGCGAAUGGUUCGGAUAUAUAUUCUGAUACUAAUCGUGAUGUUUCUAUUGAUGCGUUCAGAGCUAGGUAUAAUCAUUUAGCUGCAUAUCAAGUGAGUGAGGAGAGAUUUCAAUCAUAUGUGGAUAUAUGGCAUGAUGGGGGGAUGUUUAUAGUUAUGUAAGAUUUAACCCAGCUGUACUUCAAAUGUUAUUAUUUUUGCUAAUUAUUCACCGGUGAUUAGUUUACGAGAGGAAUCCAAUACCCUCCUUCUUCGCUUCAUUGAUAAUGGCUGGGACCACCUCAAGGAUUUCCCAAACAUCAUAUUACCCUACCCGCCCAUAACCUUCGAACCAUCCUUCUGGACCGAAAUCUGGAACCUAAUGAUGGAGCCCCAAGUAGCCAGUAUAUGGAAAGCAAAAGUACGAACUGGGCGAAUCCGGACCGUGACAGAAUUUUACGUCGAGGUAAGAGAGGCGAUUGAGAAAGUGGGUGAGGUAGUUGGGACUGGAUAUUGGGAGGUGUGGAUUCCGAAUUUUAUAAAGGGGAGAAAGAUUCAAUUGACCUUGUAUAAAUUCUGGUUGUUUUUGAGGAAAAUGGCGAAUGUUCCUGGGCCGAUAAUUGUGUGAGUAUUUGUUCUUAUCAUCUUUCUUAAACGGUUAUGUGUGUGUACUAAUAUCUCGAUUCGUAGAUUGGAUAGGAAAGGGCAGAAGAUACAUGGUAAUAGGCUAGGUGAUGACGAGGUUACCAACAGACUUACGACUCAAUGGGGUUUAUAGGAAAUGUAUACGGUAAUAAUUUUAUGGGUAGUUUUAUUUUUCAAACAGCAUUACCGUCGAAAGUAGUUAUUUUAAUGAGAAAACAACAAGAAAUGAUGGU